AUGUCUGAAUCACGACUAUACUCCUUCUCCCCCGAGACCAAAGAAAAGCUUCGCAAGUUCCGCUUGGGAACCUCCCGCGCCAAGGAUCCGCAGGCCAUUAUUUAUAUCAUCGACAACAAGACCCAGGAGAUUCGACCCGAAGAUGGCGAGGUUUACUCCAAGAUGGAGGAUGUAGCCGAUGAGCUUCCGGAAUCGUCUCCUCGGUUUAUCCUCCUCAGCUAUCCCUUGACCUUGACUUCCGGCCGCCCUUCGGUUCCUUACGUUAUGCUCUACUACCUCCCCGAGAACUGCAACCCGAAUCAGCGCAUGAUGUAUGCGGGUGCUGUCGAGUUGAUGCGCAAUACGGCGGAGGUUAACCGGGUGAUUGAGGUGUAUGAAGAGGAUGAUAUUAUCUCGAUCGAGUCGAAGCUGCAAAGCGCGGAUUAG